CUUGGUACACUUAAGCUUAAAGUUGCCCAGUCUUGCUCCGUAUCUCUGGUCAAGAUGGCCUCCGGGAGGAAGGACUUUUUGAGCCAGCCGGCCCCCGAAAACUAUGUCGCAGGUCUAGGUAGAGGUGCAACUGGCUUCACCACUCGUUCGGACCUAGGGCCUGCGCGUGAAGGUCCCACGCCAGAGCAGAUUCAAGCAGCGCUCGAAAAGAGGGCACAACUGCUUGGUGCAGCCCCUCCAACAGCGUAUGGCGCAGGACGUGAGAAAGGUGGCAAAGAAGAUAAGGCCGAGGAAGAGGAGGACGAUGAACGUUUUCAGGAUCCAGACAAUGAAGUUGGCCUUUUCGCAUACGGACAGUUCGAUCAAGAAGAUGACGAAGCAGACCGGAUAUACAGAGAAGUAGAUGAGAGGAUGGACAAGCGCCGAAAAGCAAGAAGGGAAAUCCGGGAACGUCAAGAACGAGAAGACUACGAACGGAAAAACCCGAAAAUUCAACAGCAGUUCGCCGAUUUAAAGCGCUCAUUAGCCUCCGUCUCCGAAGACGACUGGGCCAACCUCCCCGAAGUUGGAGAUCUUACAGGCAAGAAUAGACGAGCUAAACAGAAUCUCCGGCAACGCUUUUACGCAGUGCCGGAUAGUGUCCUCGCCAGUGCAAGAGACUCCACCCAAUUCGAGACCACCAUUACGGAUGACGGCGCUCAUACCGACAUUCAGGGGGAAGGAGUGGACGGGACAAUAACAAAUUUUGCGGAUAUCAGUGCUGCUCGUGACAAGGCCCUUAAAGUCAAGCUUGAUCAAGCAGCUAUAAGUUCAUCUGGGGAUUCGGCAUCUGGAAGUGCCACUAGCAUUGAUCCAAAGGGUUAUCUCACGAGUCUCACUCAGUCCGAGCUAAAAGCUGGUGAAGUGGAGAUAGGCGAUAUCAAAAGAGUUCGCGUUUUGCUAGAAUCUGUGACGAGGACUAAUCCAAAGCACGCACCUGGGUGGAUUGCACUUGCCCGUCUGGAGGAACUUGCUGGUAGAAUUGUGGCUGCUAGAAACUGCAUCGCCAAGGGAUGUGAGCUGUGCCCGAAAAGUGAAGAUGCGUGGCUUGAGAAUAUUCGGCUCAAUGAAGGUCAUAAUGCGAAGGUAAUCGCUGCAAAUGCUAUUAAGAAUAAUGAUCGCUCCACAAGACUCUGGAUUGAAGCUAUGAGGUUGGAAUCUGAGCCUCGUGCAAAGAAAAACGUUCUGAGACAGGCCAUCCUCCACAUUCCUCAAUCUGUUGUCAUUUGGAAAGAAGCUGUCAACUUGGAAGAAGACCCUGUAGAUGCCCGUCUCCUUCUCGCAAAGGCAGUUGAAAUGAUACCAUUGUCGGUGGAGCUAUGGCUUGCCCUUGCCCGCCUCGAGACACCUGAGAACGCCCAAAAGGUCUUGAACGCUGCUAGAAAAGCUGUCCCUACGAGCUACGAGAUAUGGAUUGCUGCUUCACGACUGCAGGAGCAAAUGGGGACUUUUAAUAAGGUGAAUGUGAUGAAGAGAGCUGUACAGUCCCUCGCUAGAGAGAAUGCUAUGCUUAAGAGGGAGGAGUGGAUAGCAGAAGCUGAGAAUUGCGAAGAGGAGGGAGCUAUUCUUACUUGCGGGGCGAUUAUCCGCGAGACUUUAGGAUGGGGUCUGGAUGAAGACGAUGAUAGGAAAGACAUCUGGAUGGAUGAUGCAAAAUCCAGUAUUGCCAGGGGCAGGUACGAGACUGCGAGAGCCAUUUAUGCCUAUGCGUUGCGCGUGUUUGUCAACCGCAGAUCUAUUUGGCUUGCAGCCGCAGACCUGGAACGUAACCAUGGUACGAAAGAAGCGUUAUGGCAGGUCCUCGAGAAGGCUGUGGAAGCUUGCCCACAGAGUGAAGAGCUAUGGUUGCUCCUUGCGAAAGAGAAAUGGCAAACUGGAGAAAUCGAUGAGGCGAGACGAGUGCUGGGUCGCGCCUUUAACCAGAAUCCCAAUAAUGAGGAUAUUUGGCUUGCUGCUGUUAAGCUCGAGGCCGACGCCCGGCAAACAGAGCAGGCUAGAGAGCUCCUUGCGACUGCUCGUCGGGAAGCCGGAACAGAUCGUGUUUGGGUGAAAAGUGUCGCCUUCGAGCGACAGUUGGGUAAUGCAGAUGAGGCGCUAGAUUUAGUAAAUCAGGGCCUCCAACUAUACCCGAAGGCGGACAAGCUUUGGAUGAUGAAGGGUCAAAUCUAUGAAUCCCAGAACAAGUACCCGCAAGCCCGGGAGGCAUAUGGAACAGGUACUCGUGCGUGUUCCAGAUCCGUUCCAUUGUGGUUGUUGGCUUCAAGACUGGAAGAAAAGGCUGGUGCUGUCGUCAAGGCCCGCUCUGUUCUUGACAGAGCUCGGCUUGCUGUUCCCAAGAAUGCUGAAUUGUGGACAGAAAGCGUUCGAGUUGAACGGCGUGCAAACAAUAUCGCCCAAGCCAAGGUCUUGAUGGCAAAGGCAUUGCAGGAAGUGCCAACAUCUGGAUUGUUAUGGAGUGAGAGUAUCUGGCAUCUCGAACCGCGGGCACAACGGAAGGCUCGCAGUUUGGAGGCUAUCAAGAAGGUCGAUAAUGACCCAAUAUUAUUCAUUACAGUGGCGCGGAUUUUCUGGGGGGAGCGUCGGCUGGAGAAAGCAAUGACAUGGUUUGAAAAGGCCAUUGUGUCCGACAGCGACCUAGGGGACGGCUGGGCUUGGUAUUACAAGUUCCUAUUGCAGCACGGAACAGAGGAGAAACGGGCAGAUGUGGUAUCGAAGUGCAUCUCUACAGAGCCCAAACAUGGCGAAGUUUGGCAAUCGGUGGCUAAAGAUCCUGCUAACGCGCACAAGUCGACCGAAGAGAUUUUGAAGAUGGUUGCCGAGCGACUUGUGUAAGUAAUCAACACCGCAUAGUUUUAUCCAAAAUUGGCUUAUAAUCUAUAUACUUGAAGGUUGUAAAGUUUUGGGGUUGGAGAGGUAAAUUGAGAGAUUGUACCAGUGAGCCUUAGGAUUAAGAAUGAGUAAAUGGAUUCUGAUACGAGAAAACAAAAGAUAGACCUGGUAAGAUCAACGUUAACACGUCUCUGGUACCCCAUAAUUCAUCGUGACAACAAAUAUAGCGGUUAGAUGGAACAAAGGGGGAAUAGUAUAUAGAGUAAACAAAAGCAAGCUAGGAACAGUGUAUGCGUGGUAUGCCAAUUGCCUUCAUGGCUCUCAAAGUAUAUAUAGGUCUCAGCCGCCGUUCAGAUAUACGGCAAAGAAAGGAAAAGAAAUAGUAAAACCGAGUAGUGGGUAUCGAACGAGUUUUGCCGCACAUUCAGAAACCUUCGUUCUUUUCUUUUCGUUUCUGU